ACGAGGAGGAGGGUAGAGGAGCUGCUGCCGCCGCCACCACCGUCGUCCUCGUCGCCGCGAGUGCCGAUUCGGAAUUGCAGCCGCUGUUGCGACGCUGGGGAUUGUGUCGCUAGCCCCCGGCCCUUCUGCCUCGUCUCCUCCCCUCGAUCAGCGCGGCCUGCUCCUCCUGGGUCCGUCGCCCCCGCCUCCAUUUCCCGCCCUCUCUUCACCACACACACGGCCCCCCCGAUCAUGGAUCCGGGCAGUGGUGGCGGCGGCGGGGGCGGAGGCGGCGGCGGGGGCAGCAGCGGCAGCAGCAGCAGCGACUCGGCACCUGACUGCUGGGACCAGGCGGACGUGGAAGCCCCCGGGCCGGGCCCGUGCGGCGGCAGCGCCUCCUUGGUGGCUGGGGCUGAGGCCCAGCGUGAGCAGCUCAGCGCGGCCUUCAGCCGGCAACUCAACGUCAACGCCAAACCCUUCGUGCCCAACGUCCACGCCGCUGAGUUCGUGCCGUCCUUCCUGCGGGGCCCAGCCCAGCCACCGCCACCUCCAUCCGGCGCCGCCGCCAACCAUCACGGAGCCGGCAGCGGCACAGAAGGCCCCACGGCACCUGUGGAACCUUCUCAAGAGGAACCGUCGUGCGAAGGUUCAAAUUCAGCUGUUAGCAUGGAACUGUCAGAACCUGUUGUAGAAAACGGAGAAACAGACAUGUCUCCAGAAGAAUCGUGGGAACACAAAGAAGAAAUAAGUGAAGCAGAGCCGGGGGGUGGUUCCUUGGGAGAUGGAAAGUCCCCCGAAGACAAUGCCCAAGAAAUGAUGGAGGAAGAAGAGGAAAUACCAAAACCGAAAUCCGUCGUGGCACCACCAGGUGCCCCUAAAAAAGAACACGUGAAUGUUGUAUUCAUUGGGCAUGUGGAUGCUGGCAAGUCAACCAUUGGAGGGCAAAUCAUGUAUUUGACUGGAAUGGUUGACAAAAGGACACUUGAAAAAUAUGAAAGAGAAGCUAAAGAAAAAAACAGAGAAACUUGGUACUUGUCUUGGGCCUUAGACACAAAUCAGGAAGAACGAGACAAAGGUAAAACAGUAGAAGUGGGCCGUGCCUAUUUUGAAACAGAAAAGAAGCAUUUCACAAUUCUGGAUGCCCCUGGCCACAAGAGUUUUGUCCCAAAUAUGAUUGGUGGUGCUUCUCAAGCUGAUUUGGCUGUACUGGUAAUCUCUGCCAGGAAAGGAGAGUUUGAAACUGGAUUUGAAAAAGGAGGACAGACAAGAGAACACGCAAUGUUGGCAAAGACAGCUGGUGUAAAACACUUAAUUGUGCUUAUCAAUAAGAUGGAUGACCCAACAGUAAAUUGGAGCAAUGAGCGGUAUGAAGAAUGUAAAGAGAAACUAGUGCCAUUUUUGAAGAAAGUUGGCUUUAAUCCCAAAAAGGACAUUCACUUUAUGCCCUGUUCAGGAUUGACUGGAGCAAAUCUUAAAGAGCAAUCCGAUUUCUGUCCUUGGUACAGUGGAUUACCAUUUAUUCCGUAUCUGGAUAAUUUGCCAAACUUUAAUAGAUCAAUUGAUGGACCAAUCAGGCUGCCAAUUGUGGAUAAGUACAAGGAUAUGGGAACUGUGGUCCUGGGAAAGCUGGAAUCAGGAUCUAUUUGUAAAGGCCAGCAGCUCGUGAUGAUGCCAAAUAAGCACAACGUGGAAGUUCUUGGAAUCCUUUCUGAUGACGUAGAAACUGAUUCUGUAGCCCCUGGUGAAAACCUAAAAAUCAGACUGAAAGGAAUCGAAGAAGAAGAGAUUCUUCCAGGAUUCAUACUUUGUGAUCCUAAUAAUCUCUGUCAUUCUGGACGGACAUUUGAUGCCCAGAUCGUGAUUAUUGAGCACAAAUCCAUCAUCUGCCCGGGUUACAAUGCGGUGCUGCAUAUUCAUACCUGUAUUGAGGAAGUGGAAAUAACAGCCUUAAUCUGCUUGGUAGACAAAAAAUCUGGAGAAAAAAGUAAGACUCGACCCCGUUUUGUGAAACAAGAUCAAGUGUGCAUCGCUCGUUUAAGAACAGCUGGAACCAUCUGCCUUGAAACCUUUAAAGACUUCCCUCAGAUGGGUCGCUUUACCUUAAGAGAUGAGGGUAAGACCAUUGCAAUUGGAAAAGUUCUGAAACUGGUUCCCGAGAAAGACUAAGCAUUUGCUUGAUGACCCUGCACAAUACUGUGAGGAAAAUUGACUGCAAAAGCCCACUUCACACCGCCUUCUCUUAUUUCUGCCCAUUCAUAAAUCUCUCCCCCUAUUUUGCAAAGAGAAAAUUCACAGCAAAAGUCCACAUUAUGUCAGCUUUCUCAUAUUGAGAGCUCUGCUAUGCCACUGUUGAAUUUUUCCCCCAGAUUUUUUUCUCCCCUCUCAAACUCUGCUUCCCUGGACAGAUUUGGCAAUAGCAUUGUAAGUGAUGUGGACAUAAUUGCCUACAAUAAUGAAAACCUACAGGAAUUUUUUUUUUUUUUCCCCAUUAUCCCCUUAGGCAUAUUUAGGCUUUUCCCCAGGCAGAUUAUUCUGAGUGUGCGAGUAUGUGUGCACAUGUUACAGAGACGACUACCAUGUUAAUAAAUAUUCCAUUUG